AUGAAUUCAGAUAGCAUUGAUAACAUGAAAUCUAAUAACAUUGCCUUUGACUGCGAGGACUGUACCAAAAAACUGAAACAAAAAAGAGAUGACGGCACUCCAGUCAAACCGAUUCCACAAACCCAAGGUAUACACAUUAAUAAAAUAACAAUUGACUCUGAUAUUAAUAUAAUCGUCAGCAAACUAGACGAUGUGUUAAAAAACCAAAUAACUACAAAUAAUACUCUUACAACUCUUAGCAAUAGAAUUCUAGAGCUAGAAAAAACACUAAAAGAAAAAGAAAGUAUUAUUCAAACUUUAGAAUUUAAAAUUAAUGUUCUGGAGCAAAACGAGAGAGCUUGUUUUAUCGAAAUAAGUGGUAUUAAAAAAGAAAAUAACGAAAAUGUCGAAACACUAGUUAAUGAUAUAGCUUCCAAAAUUGAUAUUGAUCUUAAUCUUUUUGACAUUGAAAACGCAUACAGAAAACCUUCACGACAAAACUCAGAAACGCCUCAGAUAGUAGCAGAAUUCUCGUCUAAAAAGGAACGUGAUGAAUUUUUAAAGAAACGUGGAAUAAUUGAAUACAACGGCUCGAGGAUUUUUAUCAAUGAAAGCUUAACGGCGUACAAUAGGAAGUUAAUCUGGGAAACCCGAACAAAGGCAAAAGAACUUGGCUACAGAUACACUUGGACCUCAAAUGGGAGAAUAUUUUGCAAAAAGGACGAAUUGGCCAAAAAAAUACAAGUUAGAAAUAAUGAUGAUUUACAUUUUUUAUAA